AUGGCCUCCAAAUCAUUCUACGCAAUCAUCUCCGGAGCGGGUUCCGGCACUGGCCGCGCAGCAGCCGUCCGUUUCUCAAAGGCGUACCCAGUCGUGCUCCUCGCCCGCAAGCCAGAGAGCUACAACGCCAUCGUGGACGAGAUCAAGCAGGCCGGUGGCCAAGCCUUCGGCAUCACGGCCGAUGCCACAGACGAGGCCGCCGUCAACGCUGCCUUUGAGACGAUCAAGAAGGAGCUCCCCGGAAGCAAGCUCGCUGCCGCCAUCUACAAUGUCAACGCCGGCUUUUCCCGCAAGCCGUUCCUCGAGCUUAAGCGAGAGGAGCUUGAUGUCAGUCUCGAUGCUGCGCCUAAGGGGUUCUUCACAUUCGCGCAAAAGACGCUUCCCCUGUUGCUCGAGUCGGUGUCCGACUCCCCUCACCCGCCGUCUUUGAUCAUCACUGGAGCCACGGCAUCCAUCAAAGGCAGCGCAUUGUUUGGAGGGUUUGCGGCAGGCAAAUUCGCCCUCCGCGCCUUAGGCCAAUCUCUAGCACGCGAGUUCGGUCCGAAGGGGGUCCAUGUGGCACACGCCAUCAUCGACGGAGGCAUUGAUACCCCGUGGGGUAAGGCCUACGUUGCCAACGAUGGCGCAGAAGAUGGCAAGAUUUCACCGGACGCUAUUGCUGAUGCCUACUGGUACCUGCACACGCAACACCGCUCCGCGUUCAGUCAGGAAAUUGACAUCAGACCGUACGUGGAAAAGUUCUGA